AUGUCAACAAAAAUUUCUCCGCUGACACAAGGUGAUGGAUAUGGAAUUGUCGUGGGUUUCGGAGCGCUCUUCGCUGUGGGUAUGGUUGCCGCCACUUUCUGUUUAAAACGAUAUCAUGGCGAAGCAACAGAUUCAAGUGAAGGCUUCUCGACAGCUCAUCGAACAGUAAAAACAGGUCUUAUUGCAUCGGCUGUCGUCUCUUCAUGGACAUGGGCUGCUACUCUUUUACAAUCGAGUUCAGUCGCCUAUUCCUAUGGAAUUUCGGGCCCAUUUUGGUAUGCAAGUGGAGCAACUGUACAAAUAAUUUUAUUUUGUGUUAUUGCCAUUGAACUCAAGCGUCGAGCUCCAUUUGCACACACAUUUCUAGAAGUUAUUCAUGCUCGAUAUGGUCCAAUAGUUCAUAUGAUUUAUAUUAUCUUUUGUUUAUGCACAAAUAUUCUCGUUACAUCAAUGCUAUUAACAGGUGGUUCGGCUGUUGUUCAUUCUCUUAGCGGAAUGCAUAUUGCUGCUGCAUGUUUUCUUUUACCAUUAGGGACAAUUAUUUAUACAAUGUUUGGAGGAAUUAAGGCUACUUUUCUUACAGAUUAUGCACAUACUGUAGUUGUUCUCAUUAUCAUUCUCUAUUUUGCAUUUUCUACCUAUGCAACAUCGUCAUUACUGGGUUCACCAUCGAUAGUCUAUGACUUGCUGGUCAAUGCCAGUCGAAUACAUCCAAUUGAAGGCAAUGCAGAAGGUUCUUAUUUGACUAUGCGAUCACAGCAAGGAGCAAUAUUUUUUAUUAUUAAUAUUAUUGGAAAUUUUGGAACUGUCUUUCUUGAUAAUGGGUACUAUAAUAAGGCGAUUGCUGCUUCACCUGUUUCUGCUCUACCUGGCUACAUUCUUGGUGGUAUUUCAUGGUUUGCUGUCCCAUUUCUUGCUGCUACCACGAUGGGAUUGGCUGCUGUUGCACUGGAAAACAAUCCAGCAUUCCCUAGUUAUCCAAAUCGAUUGAAUCUGGCCGAUGUGACCGCCGGUUUAACUUUGUCGGUGGCUGCUGUAGCUCUACUUGGAAAAGCUNUGAUAUAUGUCUAUAAAAUAUGA